AUGCUAUUCACUGACCAACAGUUGGACAAUAUCGUGAAAUUUUGCUGUCAUGAAAGGGUAAAUCAAGUCUCUGAGCUCGGAGUGGACGUGACAUUUCAACUCGGUCCUUUCUAUGUGCUUGUAACAAGUUUUAAGAACACAGUUCUUCGAGUGAAGGGAGCCAACAACCACCCCUCCUUUUUAGGCCCAGUAAUGAUCUGCAUGACCAGAGAUGAGUCCACAUACCUGUCAUUUAUUCAUUGCCUUAUACGCGAAAAGCCUGGUCUCAGUGAAUUUCUUCAUGCCACUGGCACAGAUGACGAACGCGCUUUAACAAAUGCUCUUGCUGCCGGUUUCAGAAAUGCGGCACCUUUGCUGUGUUACAUUCACAGCCAAAGAAAUAUUAAGGAGAAAUGUCGAAAGCUUGGUCUCUCCUCGUCAUUAGUGUCCCGCAUUUGUCAAGAUCUCUUCCAACCAAGACGUGGCUUAAUUUGGUCCAGUUCACUAGAAGAGUUUGACAGAAAAUCUACACUACUCAUGUCUGAUUGGGACACCCUGGAACGGUCCGAGAAAUCGGGUCCAUCAGCCUUUACCCAGUAUUUCCGUGACCACAAGCUUGAUGACAUGCGUUCAAAGAUGGCCGCAUUUGUUGUGAAAGAUCUUGGCUUGGGAGACAAACCAUACGAACAGAACAUUCCGGAAUCAGUUAACGACAUGUUGAAAGAUUGGAUGAAGUACAUUCCCCAGGAAAUGGACAGACUCAUUGUCAACCUCUAUGACUUUGUACAAUCAUUCGAUCAGGAAGAGGAAAUGGCGUGGUUCCAGUUAUCAGACAAAUGGGAAGUCAGCCAACAGUUCAAGUGUCACUUGCCAAGCAAGGGUCAUGCAGACAUGAGCCUAGAAGAGAGAAAGGCAUAUAUUAAAAAGGUCAGGAAACUUUGCCCAGACCCAGAAGCUUACAAGAAGUGCUGCAAUUUUAAGGUCCAACCCUUGUGCAGUUCCACGCCCCGUCCAUCUUCAAGAAAGUCUGCUAGUGAUCUCAGCGAUCUUUCUGCUCUUAGUGGCCACUUUUCCAGAGAGGAACAAUCCAGCCUCCUAGAGAAAGCCAAGACGGUUCUGAACAAUGACCAGUUUCGCCAGGGCUUUAAGGACAGUGUCUACUUUGUGGACAGUGGUGGACAACUUCCUCACCGGGUCCAGUGCUUUAAGAGUGGCAAAUGUACAUGUGAUUGCAGUUUCUUUGGGCGUAACAACCUUUGUCACCAUUGCGUGGCUAUUGCCAUCCAUUUAAAUUGUGUGGCGAACAUUGUGGGGGCCUACCAAGGCCGAAGUCUCCACAAAAUCUCAGCAGCGUCCGCCCCAAAAAAUGUUGGAGGGAAGGCUCCAUCCAGAAAACGGCCUCUUUCUGCAACCGAGGUAGAAGUGCACCAUUCCACAGAUGCAGAUGCAGAUGUGCAGGACACUGGUACAAAUUUUCAAUCUGAAGUUGUCAAUCCCACAACUCUUGUUCUUAGGAGAGCUCAAAGACCAGUAGAUCCUCCACCUUCAGGGCCAUUAGUUCUGAAAAAGAUUGCAGGUAACAUCAGAAAGUGUGCUGGAUGCUCCAAGGCUAUAAAAUCCCAUGUUGUGGGGUACCAGAGUGAAGAUGAUCAGCUGUACUGUUUUGCCCGAUUUGAACGCUAUCACUUCUUUAACAAGACAACCAAUGCUUGGCAGUUAACAACAUCAACGAGGCACUACCACCUCAACCCUGUCUGUACGAAGACAUCAUCAACAAUUACGUCAGAUAGUAGUCUCAUUGAAACUGGUAGCCUGCGUCAACUGGUUCUUGAUAGAUUCAGAGUUAAUUUAGAUUAA